CUUUUCGUUGGACUUUCUCUAGCUAACAGAUGUGGGCUGUCGCUCGCUGUCUUUUUUGUCAAACAGUCCUUUCUCGUUUUCUUUCGCGCAGCAAUCUUUAAUUUAGCCAGAGCUGAGCUACAGUGCUAUGUCUCGCAAACAACACGCAUAGCAACGAGGGUCAAUAAAAUCUGAGCUGCGCGAAUGUCAGCCCACACAUCUUCUGGGUGAGCUGUUCGCCAGGAACAUCGAGAUAAGUUUUGAAGAUAGGCCGACAUUACCCUUCCGCUAAUAGGGCCCUUUCCUAACAAACAUGUCGCCACCUAAAGGAGUUAAGCAGAGCAUAACUAUAGUACUGUAUUUACGUCCCCGACUAUAUUUCGGAGGGAAGUACACAGAUGUUCGCAGACGGGUGGGUGGAUUACUUGGACUGACUGAGAAAAGCAGCUCACUGGUGAGACAUUAUAAGCGGACUAACGGAUCAGGUCCCUCAGAAGUGUUUUUAGUGAUCGUGCUAUCGAGAUUGAUUGAUACUGGCCUGCAGAAAUUUGCAAAUAUGGAAGUCUCCGAACAGUGUGACAGCAAUGCUGAGCGUCUAAUGGAAAUGGGCCCAAUGGAGGAAGACCUCACUGAUCUUGCGGAUCUGCCAACGUCAUUGAUCGUUACGAAUAUGGAACCUGGCGUUUUCACCAAUAUGACACUAAGAGAGAGAUUCGAAGCAAUUUUCCAAGCAUAUGAUGCAGACGCGACGUUUCAAUAUCUCAAGAGUUUCCGACGGGUUCGCGUCAACUUUACAACACCCCAGAGAGCUGCCGAAGCCCGGAUUCGUUGUCAUGGGCUAAAAUUCGGAGAAAACCGUCUCGCCUGCUACUUUACACAACACGUCGAUGGAGAAAAUAAUCAGAAUGCGGAUCCGUACUUGCAGCCUCCGCUUCCAUAUAAGCAGUUCUUAAUCUCACCUCCAGCAUCACCGCCAGUUGGUUGGGAACCCGUCGAAGAAUCUGAACCCACCAUCAACUACGAUAUCCUUUCUGCUCUUGCUAACCUCGCACCAGGUGAAACUCAUGAAUUGCACCCGCAAUCGGAGAAGCACCCUGGCAUCAUCGUUCAUGUAUGUGAACAAGAUGAGGAGAACGCCCUCAGUACUGAACCGGCACCGAAGAUCGUUCAGACAUCGCGGCCGCCUCUACCUUGUCAGCAAUGAUCGCUGUGAAUAAAGGAUGUUCAAAAGAAACAACAAACAAUUAAGAGAGCAGAAUGUCCUUGCAGAGUGCAUGAAUGGUUCAUUAAUAUGUAGCGGCAUAUGAUCACUUUAAUUAUUAAGUCAUCUGCUUAUUGAAAUAUUUGAUAAUUACUAUCUUUACUAUCCGUACGAUUGUUAAUAUUCUUGACCAAAGGAUGAACUGACUAGGAAGUCUUGUCUACAAUACAUUACUAUAUUUGAUAUUCAAAUAUCUUAGAGAAUCUAUGGAGGGAUGUGUAUCCAGGUCAUGCAGCGCUCUAAUGGUGUAACGGUAGAACUACUCUCCAAACAAUAGAACUACAAUUACGCUUUAUUAUUCACUUUAUAAUAGCCCUCCGAUAAUUCACGCCUUAGUAAUAGCUACAUGCAGUAGAUAAUCUAUAGCUCUAGCGUAACGUAUAAUUAAACUGAAAAAGAAUGUCAGAUAUAAAAUAGAAAGGAUUUUUGUAUAUAGACAUACAAUAUCUAUUAAUAUAUAAGGUAACUGCAUACGAUAAAUACAAUAUUUUUGCGUCAAUGAUAUGCCAGGACUUUACGAACAGGACUUCAAGGUUUGGGCCUUGUUGGUAAUUGCACCACUUAUUUUAGAAAACGUAUCUAACCAUGCGAAUCACACGAAUCGCUUCUUUUUCUGAUUAUAUGAGAUAUGAGAAUGUGACCUAAUAAUAAUCAAAAGUAAAAGCAGCGCCCAUCGGAGUCUAGGCAUAUACAUCUAAGUUAAUAAGAGUAAGAACAUAUAUAUAUUGAAAAGCACACAAGUAAAUACGUUGGAAUUGUUGCAAUGAAAGAGAAAAUCUUUUGACAGAAGUAUAUCGAACUUUAUCCAUUAUUGCCGUGCUUAGAUUUAGUAGUACGCAAAUUUCCCAUGAGCUGCACGAUUACGAGUUCUCAUCUACACAGUAGCCGUGCACUGACCGUCACACAAAUGUAGACGAAUGCGAAUUCGAUGUACGUUUGUGGAAAAGAAACAAGCAGUAGUAGGCCGUUAUCAUUAGCUAGGUGUAACCCUAUAGAUCAGCCCGGGGACACAAGGAUUUGAGGGCACAUACGAUUGCUAAAACUAAUUAUUUCUAUUACUACAUGUGUAUAUAUACAAUAUUUAUGAACACAGCAGGAAGAGUGUAGGAUGUUAAUUGUUACUAACGUUAAAUCUUUUUUUUGGAUCAAACAAAAAAUUUUUCCUAACUGAAUCCGUUGAAUCGCCAGUUGUCGUGUUUUGUAGUAGUUGAGCACCUACAUAAAGUAAAGGCUAGUUUCUACGCAAAAAUCGUAGUAUUACUGUUUGCGGUGAUAUCUGACAAGUAUUAGGGAAAUUCUUCCACGAUAAUGAGCGAAAUACAGAAGAUAGCCUUAAGUUAGGAAUACUAUAGCACAACAUAUAUUUGAUAAAGUGGCUUGGUCUUAUAUAUAUAUAUGCAGAGUGAGGCAAAAGUCACUUGAAAAGCCUUUAUUUUACAACCAUUAAAAUAACAGGAAGUACACAAAUGAUCACAAUAAACAGAGCAUAUAUUUAAUAAAGACUUUUGAGCUGUAAAAUUAUUUUUGUCGUUCUCUCAUUCCUAUAUAUAUAUAUAUUAGUCGGUGCUUAAUCAGUAGUGUCAACCUUCAAAGUCAAUUGCGCAGCACUAAUGCAAGCUAUUAUUUUAAACGGUUUUUAGCUCAUGGGAGCAGCAUUAUUCUGCUUUGCUUACAAUCGACCAUAUUAUUGCUUAUAAUAAUCGAUAAAAAAAAUCGGCAAUUUUUAAACUGCGGAAAAAUGCUGCUCUCUUUUAGCGAUAACAACUGCCCCUUUGGGGUAUGCUGGUGUAGUUUUUCAUUAUCUCAGCUCUCAAUGAGCCCUGUUGCUACACAUUACUGAUAUUUCAGAACGAUUUAAAACAUUUUAUAUUUCCUGUUCUUCCCAAACCCAUGAUUCUACAAUUUUCCCAACGGUUUCUAUAGAACUGAGGUCUGCAUAGUUAGCAAACCACGACAACAGUCAUUGACAGUAAGUGGCAUAGCCAACAUAGUGACAAGGCGCCACAUCGUGUAGGAAGACGUAGUCAACGGUAAAGAUAAAUUCUGCCUAUUACUACUGUUCUAGUGUUUUUUGUGUGAAGUGUAUGAUCGAAAUUCUCUUUAUCAGAAAUUGUAGACGACGUUCUACGUUGUGAUGAAUGUUUGAUUUAGGGCCACGAUGCAGUUUUCCAAAGAUCAUUUGUCAGCCCGUCUAAAGGUGCUACGGGCGUUUUUCAAGAAUUUUAAAAUGAGAUUUGACUGAGAAACAAGCUUCUUCCCGGUCCUAGCCAUUCAAAUUUCAACAUGGUUUGGUCCAUGAAGAGAGGCUCGUUUUGCUCGAGCAUUUAAUCGAGGGCAGGUCUACUGCCCUUGAGACAAUCCCGUCUAAGUAAGCGGCAAAGCGUAAUUUCAAAGUAAAGAACGUUCUUUACUCUUUACUUAGAAGAACUCAUGGUCUUUUAAUCUACAUUAGGAGAUAUUAUUUAGGACGAAUUGAUAUUUUUUUGUUCAUAAGUACUCACAAGUUCUUCCGCUGCAUAGUACUUCUUUUUGAUUCUUGUUAGUAAUUUUAAGCGAUGGCAGCAGAAAGCUUCCUAACAUUUCAUAGUUUCGGCAUUUUGUUUCUCUUGCCAUUCCGACACCUUACGUACGGAAAGAGGUAAAAUCACUAGGAAACACUUAAACCAGUCAAGCUUACUUAAACACCAUUAUUUAAUUGUUCAUCGUCGAUAGCAGUCCUGUUGAAUGAUGAGGUAGAACACGUCAGUUAUUCAUCCUACGAAAUAUCAGCGAGGAAGAUGAAUGCUAGUGAUCAUCAAAGGAAGAUUAUAGCAAGUUCCCAUACCUACUGUCACUGAAAGACGUAUUAUAUAUCAUAUUGUUUACAAAAUAUUUGACAAUCUUUUUAUCGUUAUGCAGGAUAUCAGUAUAAAGUAGAAUAAUACAGCAUUCGUAUUAUUAAUAUUAGCUUUAGUGUUUCGCAAUUAGUUUUCAGAACUG